AUGUCAUCCUCACCCGCCGUUCCCCUCCUCAAGCCUCCCGUUCCGGGCAAUCGCUCGCACAAUGGCAGCCCUCGUGCCCCCAAACUCACCCUGGGCAUCCCUCCCUCCCCCAACGCUCGUCCCGUCCCCAGCAAUGGCGUCCCCGUGGCCCCUCCCGUCCCCGACGGUCCUCCCCAGCUGCAGCGCCCCGUGAACGCCCGUCCAGCGCCGCCGCAGCUCCGACUCGCGACGCCCAUGGGGAGCAGUAAGGACGUCUCCCAGGUCGCCAACGGUCGCCCGCCCCCGCUCUCCCUCGCCACCUCGGGGUUGAACGAACCCAAUGGUCAAUCGCGAUCGGGCAGUGGCCCCGCCUCGGCCUCGUCCUCCAACUACUCCGCCCUGUCGUUCGCCAUGGGUCUCCGACAACCCCGCGGCAGCACCCCCGAUCCGUCGUCCGCCAUCAGUUCCGUCUACUCGGAUCGCGAGGCCACCGCCCCGAUGGAGCGGGAGAAUAGCGUCACCGCGCUGAUCCCUGAUCUGGACAAGUUGAGCUUGGAGAAGGGCAGGCCCCUGGAUCCGGAUGACCUGGACGACGAAGGCUGGCUGGCUGCCAGCGAGCAGAAGAAGAUCGUGGAGUUGGGUAGCUUGGGCGAAGGCGCCGGUGGUGCCGUCACCCGAUGCAAGUUGAAGGAUGGGAAGACCGUGUUUGCUUUGAAGAUCAUCACGACCGACCCCAAUCCGGAUGUGAAGAAGCAGAUCGUUCGGGAACUGAACUUUAACAAGGACUGUGCCUCGGAUCACAUCUGCAAGUACUACGGAGCGUUCAUGGACAAGUCGACGGGGACCAUCUCGAUUGCGAUGGAAUUCUGCGAAGGUGGUAGUCUGGACAGUAUCUACAAGGAGGUCAAGAAGCUCGGCGGUCGGACAGGCGAGAAGGUGUUGGGCAAGGUUGCGGAGGGCGUGUUGAACGGGUUGACGUAUCUCCACAGCCGGAAGAUCAUCCAUCGAGAUAUCAAACCGUCGAACAUCCUCCUGUGUCGCGAUGGCCAGGUGAAAUUGUGCGACUUCGGUGUCAGUGGCGAGUUCGGCACCAAAGGCGACGCCAACACGUUUAUCGGCACGUCCUACUACAUGGCCCCGGAACGGAUCACCGGGCAAUCGUACACCAUCACCUCCGACGUCUGGUCCCUCGGCGUGACCCUGCUAGAGGUCGCUCAACAUCGCUUCCCCUUCCCGGCCGACGGGACCGAAAUGCAACCGCGUGCCGGUCUGAUCGACCUGCUGACCUAUAUCGUGCGACAACCGAUUCCGAAGCUGAAAGACGAAGAAGACCAUGGGAUCCGUUGGUCCAGUAAUUUCAAGUACUUUAUUGAAUGCUGUCUCGAGAAAGAGCCUCCACGGAGGGCGACCCCCUGGCGGAUGCUGGAACAUCCCUGGGUGUUGGACAUGAAGAACAAGAAAGUCAACAUGGCCAACUUCGUGCGGCAGGUGUGGGGGUGGAACGAAUAA